CGUAAAACAGCCAUCGACUGUCGCGCACCAAACAAAGCGGCUCCUGUGCGGAAGAGAAGAGCAGUAAAUAAAUACAGCAGAUGUUCUCCCAGACUCUCCUGAUGUGAGCUGAGCUUCAUGUGAGAAGAAGGAGCGGAGGAUGGACUUUAACAGGACGGUUCUGGUGACCGGAGGAUCUGGAUUCAUAGGUUCUCACCUGGUGUGUUCGCUGGUGAACAGACACCCAGACUGGAGAAUCAUUAACCUGGAUAACCUGGAUUACUGCUGCAGCCUCAGGAGUCUGGAGAGUGUUGAAGACAGAAGCAACUACACUUUCAUCAGAGGGGACGUGUGCAACUCUCGGCUGGUGAAACACGUCUUCAACACGGAAAACGUCGACGUCGUCUUCCACCUGGCGGCCAAAUCGCACGUCGAGUCGUCGUUUGAAGCUCCGUCCAGCUUCCAGCGGGUCAACGUGGACGGAACCCGGGUGCUGCUGGGAGCCGCCCAUCAGGCCCGACACCGUCCUCAGGUCUUCGUCUACGUCAGCACAGACGAAGUGUACGGAGCCGGUCUGGACCAGGUGUUCGAUGAGAACAGUCCGGUGAGGCCGUCCAACCCGUACGCUGCCACGAAAGCAGCCGCCGAGUACCUGGUCAGGUCUUACUGGGACCAGUAUAAGUUUCCCGUCAUCAUCACCAGGAGCAACAACAUCUACGGGCCCAGGCAGUUCACCGAGAAGGUCAUUCCGAGGUUUCUCACCCUCCUGCAAAUGAACAAGAAAUGCACCAUCCAGGGGACGCUGCCUAAAUCCCGCCACUUCCUGUUUGUCAGCGACGCCAUCGACGCCUUCCUGCUGGUUCUGGAGAAAGGGAUCGUUGGGGAAAUCUACAACGUGGGGUCGAGCUGCGAGAUCCCCAUCAUGCAACUGGCCAGGGAGCUAGUGAGGAUGGUUAAGGACGUUCCAGACUCUGAGGUCAACGACUGGCUGGAGUUUGUUCCCGACAGGCCGCGGGUCGACCUGCGAUACCCGAUCACAUGUGAGAAGCUGCAGCGACUCGGAUGGAGAGCUCAGGUGUCCUGGACCGAAGGAAUCAGACAAACUGUCAAAUGGUACCAAGACAACCCAGACUUCUGGUCCGACAGAAACCAGCAACGGAUCCAGCUUGAAGAUGCCUCCGACUCAUAAGUGGCCUCCGUUAGCUCUGCGGCUAACGAACAAACCACCGUCAGUCUGACUCUACUUAAUGAUUGUUGGACCAACAGGACUUGGAUGCACUUUAUCUUGACAUUUAACUGUCACGCUUCUGAACUGUCUGGACAUAAACUGGACAAAAUGGUAGCAGCAGUGACGUAAACAAACCAAAGGUGGCUUCAUCUUCAAGUGCUGCAGCAUGGACAUCCAUGAAGGGUUCAGUUCACCCUUUAACGGUCCAGUGACGUUCUAGUUUUCAGCAAAUGAAUCUAAGUCUGGUCCUCGGGUUUUUCAGCUCAGAAUGUCACAGACACUAUAACUCUGGGUUUUACUUCCAAACCGGCUGUUUCAGUUUCAGGAAGGAGACUCUCUCUGCAUUGACGUGAAUGAAUGUGCAAGACCAGAAAUUCCUGUUGCUUCUCUCUGAGGAUCACUUCACGUGGAAAUAUCACAGACUUCACAGCACACUUGUGUUUAACUCAAUAAAAUGAGUAAAAAUGGA